AUGGAUAUGAGAAGUAAAAUGCUUGUUGACAACCUGUCACUUGCCAUAUACGUGCUCACCAUUUUUCUUGGAUUGCCCUCGAAUGUAAUAGUACUUUAUCUUUUCUUCAAGGAAGCAAGAAACAGGCUGACCCCCAACCUCAUCUACAUGAUCAACCUUUGUGUCUCCGAUUUGGUUUUCAUCAUGGUUUUACCCAUAAAAAUCACAGAGAUCUUUUCAAGCACAUGGACUCUUCCUCAGAUCCUAUGUCCUCUCUACAACCUCAUCCACUACAGUACCAUUUACGCCAGUGUUUGCUUCCUAAGUGCUGUGAGUGUUGGUCGGUACUUGAGUAUCGCUUUUCCAAUCAAAUACAAUAUUUACAAAAAGCCUAGGUACUCGUGCCUCAUCUGUGUUAUUCUGUGGGCAAUUGUGAUUUUUCACAUGGCAUUUGUGUUCCUAGUGGAGACAUCCAAAAGUGGAAGCAUAGCAUUAUUUCUUACCAACGAUGAUAAUACGUGGUUGUGCUAUGAAAAUUUCACUUCUGAACAACUGGCGUUGGUGGUGCCAGUAAGAUUCGAGAUCUCCAUGGUCUUAUAUUUCUUUCCUUUAGGCAUAACCGUUUUCUGCUACAUGUCGUGUAUCCGAAUCCUCAUGAGAUCCCGCAUGCAUGUCAAUCUAAAGAGGAAAGCAACGCGUGUAGCCGUCACCACUUUGGUGGUAUUUAUUGUAUGCUUUGCUCCAUAUAACAUUUCUCACGUGGUGGGCUAUGUGAUUCAUGAGAGUGUUUGGUGGCGGAAAUGGGCUCUUUUGCCAAGUACCUGCAAUGCAUUUCUGGAUCCUCUCAUCUUUUAUUUCAUUUCGUCGUCAGCGGAUCGAGGUUUCUACCACAUAUGGAAGUCCCUGCAGUUAAAGUACAGCGUUUCAAGGAGAAGAUUUUCAUCAUUGUUCUCAAGAGAGCAACAGGAGAGUUCAAGAACACUGGGAGUGGCGGCCAUCUCUGCCACGGUGUAA